AUGAUGGGCCGUGGGAUUGGGGCCAAAGCUCCGUUUUCUCUUGUUAUUUUUGGUCAAGUUCUCGGCGCGCAACAUGAAAUCUGGGAGAUUAAAGUGAUCAUGGCAGAUCCUAUGAACGACGCCGCCGAGGAACUUCCCCCUGAUCCGGAGGGAGGCCCUCCUGAAAGCCCUAGCUAUGGCAUGGAAGAAAUCAGGCAAGCAAUCCUCCAAAACAGAGGUGCUGUGGUGGAACAAAUACUGGUCAAAAACCCCGACAUUCGCGAGAUAAGAUUUGAUUUCUCGUUCGAGUCAGAGAACUAUGUCACGACUGGGAUGACCCCUUUAAUAUUUGCCGCCUUUUUGGGCCGAUACACAAUUGCAAAGCUACUCCUCUCUCAGGGGGCUAAUAUGCUGACAAGAACUAAAAGUGGAGGUGUGAAUGCUUUCCUGGCGACUGCUAUGGAAAACUUCUUGGAUGUUGGAAAAUUGAUUCUCGAGGCGGGAGGACCGACUCUUCUGGGCUUGCAGUCCACAGGAAGACGCAACGCCCUUUGCCUUGUAGCGUGGAAGGAUGGAGUCGAGUAUCCUCAAUAUUUACUUGACCACGGAGUCGAUGUUAAGAUCGAGGAUCAGGACGACCAAACGGCACUACAUGCCGCUGCCUUGAGGUUUGAUACUCAAACUCCUGUGAUGGCCGCCGCUUGGUACGGACAUUUUGAAACAUUUCAAUACCUGGUCAACAAAGGCGCGGAUAUGACUAAGCUCGAUGCAAGUGAAAGGACAGUGCUUCAUCUAGCUGUGGAAGGGGGAGAUCUUGGAAUUGUGAAGUUCAUUUUGGAGAAUACCGAUCCGAGCAAGCAGUCUACUCUUCUGGAGACAGAGAAUACUGAUGGGGACACGGCGUUCCUAAGCGCAGCAGACUUCGUUUUUGGCAGCGGAAGCAUUUCUCAAGGAAUGGGACAGGAUGAAAGCACUCCUCUCAUGCUCGCAGCUGAGAACGGAAUGGUUGAUGUCACUCGUUAUUUCAUUGAGAAAGAAGCGGAUACUACAAAGACUGACGCAUUUGGCAAUACGCUUCUACAUUUAGCUGCACACGCUACAAACACCGAUAUUCUGGAGGUCCUGCUGGAGAACACUUCCAAGGAAGAAAAGCAAACUCGCCUAGAGAGACGAAGUAAUAAUGGGGACACUCCCCUCGAAGUGGCAAUCUUUAAUCGCAACGUGGAUGCGAUUACGUUUUUCCUAGACCAAGGGGCACAAGUUGAUGCCCAUGAGAAGCGGUCCGACCUCCUGGAUCACAUCAACGAGGCCGAGGAGACUGGAUUGUCUUUUGCGUCAAGUGGAAAUGUCAAAGUGGUCGAAUACUUUUGUACCAAGGGUGCAAACGUCAACUUCCAGCAGUUAGAAGGAGAAACUGCACUCUUCCGUGCCAUGCGGACUGGGUCAAGGUCUAUUGUGGACUAUCUGAUGACGCAACCAAUUGAUUUCAGACUCACAAACAACCUUGGGAGGAAUGUACUACAUCAUGCUUGUGACUAUGGCUUCCUUGAUGUUGUGGCAAAGGUAACCAACGUCGACAUUGCAAUAAUUUUUCUAUUCCUGGAGUCGGACGCUUACUUUCUGAGUAAUCCUGCCCAAGACAAAGGUCUCAUUUCCUCUCCUGAGGAGAAAGAACUGAUCUCUGUUUGGCUUGAACGAUGGAUUAAAGUCAUGGCGCGGGAGCUUGGUAAGACUCUGACCUUGGAUCGAAGAGGAGUCACAUGGUUACAUGUCGCUGCGCUUGUUGGGAAGGCUAAAAUGGAAGGUAACGUGCUGCUGGACAAUAUGGCUGCCUGGGAGGAUCAUUUAUUGGAAGAAGUGAGCCCAAGAAAUAAAGCGACACCAUUUAGUAUUGCUGUUAAAGAAGGCAACUCUGAUAUGGUGGAGUUGUUCUUGGAUCAUAUUGAUUCUUCCAACCUACUGGGUCUUCUUGUCCGGGUGUCAAAACAGGAAGAAAGUCUGAUCUGGCAGGCUGCAAUCAAUCGCAAGAACUCCACCGAACAGUUACUAUGGAAAAGUUUGUUUAGGAUAAUCAAAAAUGAGGCCGGGUUAUUUGACUUUGCAGCUCCACAUGGAAAGGACCAAGAGCUUCUCAUGGGACUUGCAGCAUGGAGAUACACCACGGGAAUCGAAUACCCUUUCAAUGUCCUCAUGGAUCAUAUGGAAGAAACUUUACCACAGAAGAUAGAGCAUUCCAAGCCGUCGCCGACCUCCUUGCAGUUAAUUGUGCGUCACAAAUUUCCAGUGGCCCUUUGGUGGCUUCUGUCUAGCGGGACCUACUUUGGAGACAGCCACAUUAAAGAGGGCAGAUCAGAAAUGGAGCAGUGGGAUUCUACAUCCAAGCCAGGAGAAAAGAAAUCCAGGAAAUUGAUAAAGAGUCUUUUGGACUAUUCACCUCCUGAACGGCCGCUUUCGAACUUUGAAACUGAACUACUUGAUUUUAGAUUCAGGGAUACAAUCUCCGAUAUGCAGGAGGGUACAGUUGUUGAUCUCACUAUCAGUGACCAAAACAAUAUUACCAUUCAGUUUGCUCAGUCUUCCAUGAAAGACAUCAUCUACGCAAAAGGACCAGAUCAGAUCAUGAGAGAAAACAAGAACUACAGUCUCAAGGACAUAGACAGUGAGCUUUUUGGGAUGCCAUACCUGUUCUGGGGUAGGGAGCCCGGUCUCAGUAAAGAUCAAGAGGAUGGCCUCGAGUUUGAAGUUCUGCCUGAUGAAGAUACCUCCAAAGCACCUAAAUUAACGCUGGUACCAGACGAUGCUGCUCAACCUUUAGAUCGAGAAGGUGAGAAAAAGUCAUUCGAAACGAUCGAUGACGAGGGAUUUCCGUUACCGCCUAGGGAAUCGGCAGCGAUUAUCUCCACAGGGAGGGGAAGUCAUGAUGAGCGGGUCAUUGAUAAGAUGGUCAAGAGUGUUGCAGAAGCUCAGAUUCUGAUGGUGAAUCAACUAUGGCUGUGGACACUCCAUGACGAUCUCAUCAUCACGAGCACGACUCAACAACCAACAGACUUUGACCCAACCUUUCUACAGCGAGCUCUCCGAGUUCUUCGAGACCAGAGUGGAAACUUGACCUUCACAGCCAGACAAGUGGUAGAUUUUAUUCUCCAUACAGCAAGGGAUUUAUUUGACGCCCAAGAAAUUGAGACCCGACUUUCACCUCAAGAGAAGAAGUCGCCAUUGGAAAUAUCCCGAGAAUCUUUGCAAAGCAUUCGCGAUGAGGAAGCAGACCUGUUUACACGAUUCAUGAACUCACUCGGGCCUAACAAGAACAAAACAAGGUCUUUUGAAGAACCUAGUCAAUCAGGAUUAAUAAAGAAGCAAAGUCAAGAGCCUGAGCUACCCCAGAUACCGAUCGCAACGGAUGGGAAUGAAGCACGGGGGAAUGCUGACUUAGGUAGAUCCAUUCUUGGCUUUCACGGUUCUCUCAGAAACCGUUUCAGGAAAUGGAAGAAAAACAUAAGUCAAUCGGCAGGAAAAAAUCGUUAUGAAGACAUCCACCGGGAGAUAGACCUUUUGUACCAGGUCAAAGAUAUUUUGGAUGAACUCAACAUGUUGAAGAACUUAGCACAAGACCAGGAGCACAUCCAUUCAAUUUGGAAAGGCAUUGAACUGGGCAAGAACAAGGAUGCAGGUACAGAGAAGUUGAAUGCCGAAAGGAUGGAUAUCGAAAUGAAGAAUAGAGACAUCGAGAUUGAAUGGAAAGAGUUGGAGGUCGAAAGAAGGGAAAUCGAGAUGAUGCGGAAGGCGAUCAGUGCCAAGGCAUCCGAUCCUGAGGAUGGCGAAUUAGCCGCCAUAAAUCAGAGGGUACAAGAGUUUGACGAAAAGGAGAUUGAGAUCUACAAGAAAGAGAUCAGCGUCAAGAAGAGAGAGCGAGAAAUCCUGAAGACGGAAAUCGGAGUCAGCGACCUCCCACGGAAAUCCGAAUGGAAUCCACCAGUGACUCCAAGGGAGCGAGUGAACGAGAUUCAAAGAAUGAUUGCAGACGCUCAAAGCGUUCAGAACGACAUCACAUCAUUGCUUGAUCUGAAGCAGAAAGAAGCCACUAUCAUCGAGGCCCAGGCGACACGAAGACAAAGUGAUAGUGUGAUGGUUUUCACUGUGGUUACUGUUAUUUUUCUACCGGCCUCUUUCCUUGCGAGUCUCUUUGCGUUGAAUGUUGUCGAAUAUCCCCAUCGUGGGGAUAGCGUUGCUUUCCAGGGGCGGUGGAUCUUCCCCAUAAUUUAACUUCGUUUCGGAACGACUGAGAAGAGAAAGAAAUUAGAGGUUGGUUACCGUGAAUACCAGGAGAUGAUACAGAAAGCGAAGAAGGAUCGAGAUGAGCGACAAGCAGCGGAACGUCAGUCAAGUUUGUCAGAUCCAAAGAGACAAGUCGAUGAAGAAAUGGGAUUGGACACAGAAUGA